CCCACAUACACACCGGUGGCGGCAGUGCGCGCUCCUUCGUGUACAUUUAAACGUAUAUAAUCUGUAAAAUAAUAAAUUGUUACGAAAUAAGAAUUUUCUAUAUUAUAAAAUUGCAAUAGUGUUUGCCUUACCGGCGUAGUGCAGUGACAGCGGCAGCGGGACAAGUACCUUAUCCGAUAUAUAUUAUACAGACGACCGCGGAAUUUUUUUCACACAUUUUACCGACGCGCGUGGGUUUUCAUUUCGUUUCACCUAACAUCUUAUUUUUCGGCGUGAUUUUACGAAAAUGUCUCGAAAACGAUUUUGAACGCAGGGUCGGAGAGACGCGGCGCACUCUCAGUUGCAGCGGUCAUCCGACGGUGCGGUUUUUCUUGGAAUUUAUCCUAAAGUGUUAUACUUAGGUCAAGUAUAUAUAUAUAUACACAUUUAUAGCGUACUAUUAUACUGUCAGUUUGCGCCGAGUACAGCCCAACCGCAGAUAUGAUCCAAGAAAACCGUUUCGAGUUGUGUGGUUUUCCGACUACGUACAUCAAGAACAUGAAGGAGAAAACUGCAGACAAGUCAAGACAUAUAGUGGAAGAUGCUUUAUGCGAGAACAAAAGUUUACACUUUCGUGAAAAGUACGAAUUCGUCCAAUACGUCAAGACUGAAUCGUUGCAGUGUCGAGGAUGCUCAGAUCCAAUUACGGAUAGGUUUUUAUUGAAGGUUUCUGACAAAAUUUGGCACGUGUCCUGUUUAAGAUGCUGUGUGUGCAAUUUGGUAUUAGAAGAUGAACCGUCAUGUUUUAUCAAAGAUGAUUCAAUUUAUUGCCGACAGGACUAUGCCAGGAGUUUCGGCACUGUGUGUUCAAAGUGUUCGAAAGGCAUUUCCGCUUCGCAUUGGGUGCGAAAGGCUAGGGAUCACGUUUACCAUUUGGCGUGUUUCCGGUGCGACGCCUGCGACCGUCAAUUGAACACAGGAGAAGAGUUUGCUCUGCACGAAGGUCGUGUUCUAUGCAAACCUCAUUAUUUGGACAUCGUGGACGGCGGUACUACAAGCUCGUCAGAGGGUGGAGAUUCUGAAAGUUAUCACAGCAAGAAUAAAGCGAAACGAGUGCGAACAACAUUUACCGAAGAACAACUGCAGGUGUUACAAGCUAAUUUUCAGUUGGAUUCUAAUCCCGAUGGGCAAGAUCUGGAAAGGAUAGCGCAAAUUACUGGAUUGAGCAAAAGAGUUACUCAAGUGUGGUUUCAAAAUUCUAGAGCGAGACAGAAAAAGCAUUUGCACACCGGAAAAGUGAAAAGCGCUCCAUCCGGAUUACUUCACCAUCAACAAAACGGUUCCGAAAAUCAUUUCAACCGGCACAUAAAUCUACACCUCACGUAUUCGUUUCAACAGCCUCCGUCGUCGAACCAUUCGCACCAGAGAGGAUCUCCUAUUUACAUACCCCAAAAUCCAGCCUCAGAAACAUCGUCCCUAGAUGAUCUGUCUCAAGACUCUAUAAUGAUGUGUUCAGUGGGCAGGAAUAGUGAUCCGGUAUGAGACGAAGACCGUGGUGGGACCAACAACCAUCCACCACGUUGACGGUGUCCAAAAUAAUAGUUAUUAUUAUGAGAAAUGAUAAAAAAUAAAUUGUCUUAAAUUAUUUUUACUGUGAUAAAACCAUAAUUAAUUAAUUAAUUAAUUAAUUCAUGUUUAAUAAUUAUUGGAUGGAAGCCCGUUGCAUUUUUAUCCGUUUGCGUUUCAUAUUAAAAUCUCUAAAUGGACAACUUAAUAAAUCUCGUCCCAUGUACAAACAUUUAAUUAUCAUAUACUAUUAUACAGCACAAUGUAGUGUUCCGCUUCUAUCGGCCCACGACUUAUGUUAAUAAUUCCCAUAGUUACCAUUAGUUAAGUUCGUCAAUAUAGGGAAUAACGCUAUUUAGCGCCUUCUAGCACUGUACUUCACAGCCAUAUUCGCAUUUCUUCGCCGGUUCAUAUUUAUGUUAUUUUUUUUUUUUUAAAUAUUUUUCAAACACCGUUAAAUUAUAUUAUUACAAUUAGUAAUAGACUAUGAUAUUUUUCUACCGCUGCAAAGCUAUAAAUCCUCAUUUUUAUACAAAAUGUGUUUCUCAUUUAUCAUUUGGCUUGCAGGCAAAACGUUUUAUAUGAUGUCUACCCCGUGUUUUUCGUUAAAAAAAUAUGACUAUCUACUGCUUUUGAUAGAUUUUGUAAUAUAUUACAAAUAGAUGCAGAUAGGACAUAUGAUUGUAUGUUUGAGCAAACACUUCCGCGAAAAAACUGCUUCUUCUUCCGUCCGUUACAGUUAUGAUGCGUUCCUAUUAAAAGCAAAUUUUACUUUUUUUUCAAAAACCACCGAAAAUAUUUUAUUGUUAUCUAAAUGAACUUAAAUAAUUUUAUUAAUUUUAAGUAACUUUUUAUUAUAAUCAUAAUAAUAGUAUCUCACAUAUUAUUAUAGUUUUAUUGCUUUAUCGCAUAUCACAUAAUUAUGUUAUCAUAAUAAUAGUA